CUCUACCUUAGCCUCUACAGCCAGAGGAGAACCUAAAAUGAGAAAGCACAAGACACAAGCAUAAGUAUACUAAGGAGGAAAGAGAAAGUUAAGUGACUUUUGGACAUUUGGGAAAUAAAGCAUUUGAGAAGCAUUAUCAAGAAGUUUAUAGUGUUGGAAGUCUACUAAAAAGGGUAACAAAGGAGGAUACGGUAUUUAAGAAGGACUGGAAAGUAUUUCUGCUACUGUGCUGGAAGUUCACUGAAGAGAGUAACACUGAAAGGAGGCUUUUGAUACUGAGGAUCUUGCCAGUAUUUUGGGGGUUUUUUUCUGCAUUUCUCCUGCACCUCCUCCAAAGCUCGGAGCAGCGGGGGAGGCCAAAGUGUAGUUAUUGCAGUAAUGAAGUACAGCUGCCAGAACCUUGUGUCUCAGUACACACGUCAGAGCACAUACACCCCAACACACUACACCCCUAGCCAUUACACUCCGAAGCAGUAUUCCACAAGCUCCUACUCCACGACUCACUACAGCUCAGCAAAGUACACGCCAACCUACUACACACCACCUGCUUACACCCCGGCUUACAAAAGUACUUCUUCCUCCUACACGUCUGUCUACAGCAAGCCCUCAGGACAUGUCGGCAAACAUGGUACACCUGUACAGCAGAUUCCCGUUGCAACGAGCAAGCCUAAUCGGACUGUCCGCUUCACCAAUGAUGUCAUCUUCCAGGACUAUGUCCGGCAUGGAGAUCUGGAAAAGAUUGGCCGCUUUAUGAGAGCGAGGAAAGUGCGAGUCGAUACAAUCUUCCAUUCUGGCAUGGCAGCUCUCCAUGAGGCUGUUCUCUCAGGGAACUUGGAGUGUGUGAAGCUUCUGAUAAAAUAUGGAGCUGAUGUUCAUCAAAGAGAUGAGGAUGGCUGGACACCUCUGCACAUGGCCUGCAGCGAUGGCUACCCUGAGAUUGCACGGUAUCUACUUUCUCUAGGUGCUAGUACAGAAGCUGAGAAUGCAAAUGGGGAGAAGCCAGCAGAUCUUAUUGACACCAAUUGCAAAGAGCUGGUCAAACUGUUUGAAAUGGGCUGUGUCUAAAGGAAAGCAUAAGGAACCCGAAAAAACAGCAAGGAAACAGUUCCUCUGGACUCAAUUCUGUCUAAGGGGAUGGAGCUCUAAAAGUAAUUUCUGGUUAUUGUUUUUGGUUAUUGUUAUUGGAACAAGGACAUUCAGAUAUUUUCUUUUGUGAUACUUUCUCAUUUUUUUGGUGUAAGGCAAUAUAAGAAUAUACUGUAAUUGUUUGCCGCUUUCCUUAUAUAUAUAUAUAUAUAUAUAUAUAUAUAUAUAUAUAUAUAUAUAUAUAUAUAUAUAUAUAUAUAUAAGGAUAUAUACAUAUAUAUAUACAUAUAUAUACUGCAUACUUCUUUGUACUGCCAUAUAUCUGCACGUCAAAACCUUGGUCCUACUAAUCCCCCUUCCCUACCAUGCAGUUGCUGCACACAUACUAUCACCUCUAAAUGUCUGAAUACAGUGCGACCUUCUCUGGAGCUCGGAUUACACUGCACCCUGAAGGCCAACCCAGCAGUAGCAUUUCAUCAAUCCAAGUAUGUCAUCCAGUCCAUGCUGUAAAUUUAGAGCAGGACAACUCUCAUAUAAAGUCACACAAGGAAUUGCUGUUAUGUUCACAGAUCUGUGCAUAAUACCUCAAAUGUAGCUAAGAACACAAUUCUUUCAGUGCUUUAAAGUUCUUAACCUGGGUUAAUGUAUAUUUACUGGCCUAUGUUUGACCUGUACACUGUUUAGGACAGAUCUCUUGUCUGCAGGGCAGCUAGAGACAACACUGAAAACAUUUUAAUGAAGGAAUUUGUAUAUUAGCAAAACACUAUACUUUCUGUACUGCUAAAAGAGAGUGCACUAUUUCUACAAACUUGUGGAAUUUCUCUUGAAAAGUCUUAUGUUUUUCUCCUUUUUUUACUGUUUUCAUAAAUAAAUGUGCUCCUUAUUACUUAA